CUUAUUUCUUCAUUACCCAUAAUUUCAACCAACAUAUCAACACGACCAUUUAGAUCACAAGACAACCAAUAUGAAGCCCCAAGUCCUUCUCGCGGCUGGUCUCGCUACCGUAGCCAUAGCCGAUCAAUGGCCCAUGGCCAAGGAGAAAUGCGGUCGUCUUGGACCCAUGGAAUGGGAUCCUAAUGACCUUCCUCCCGAUGUUGAUGUCAUGCAAAUUCGAAUGUGCGCUGACCAUCCUAUGGGGGCUGGAAAUUACUGGGGAUGGGGCGAAUAUCUUCCUGACUGGUUUCCUCGCAACCCUUUUGCUGACAUGGAAAUCGAUUGGCUUUGGUGGCCUUAGAUUGGGGCGUGAUAUGACAUUGAAUGGGUAUCCGAGAGAUGAAGAAUGCGAUUAUGCGUAGAAGCGCCAAUUUCAGUGAAUAUAACUUGUUGC